AUGCCGCUCUCUCUCUCUCUCUCUCUCUCUCUGUCUCUCUCUCUCUGUCUCUCUCUCUCUCUCUCUGUCUCUCUCUGUCUCUCUCUCUGUCUUUCUCUCUCUCUCUCUCUUUCUCUCUCUCGCUCCUUCGUUUAUGUUGUUCCCGAUCCCCAUCCCCAUCCCCUACACACUCACCGGCAGAUGGACACACACCCGGCGCUUCGACCGCACUCACCCACACCCAACACCAACAGCAGCAACACCAACACCAACAGCAGCAACAACAAGCUGUACCACGUUAGAAUGGACGAUUCAUGCUUUCGUGGCGCACGCUUUGCCGCAAACACCGUGGCUCAGACCAUCAACUUGUUGUCUUCUUUGGAUCUGAAGACUGACACGGAUUCUAUCCCACGCCCCAAGCGUGUCAAAUCAGAACCCAAGCCCGCAGAUGUGGGAAACAAGAUUCUAGCGUCCAAGGAUGAGCAAGACGCUGCGCACGACAAUGAUGAUGAUAAUGAUAAUGAUGACGACCAAGCGGGUGCCCCGGACCUCUCCGACUAUGAACAGCGCCGUUUGGCCAACAUUCAGCAAAAUGCCCAGCUUAUGGCCAUGCUGGACAUUGCCCCUGCCGCUCGUGAGGUACGGGCCCUGGCUGGAGAAAGCACUGAGACUCCCAAAUCAACCCGUGGCCUGACCACACGCCGCAAAAAGGCCACGGCCGCUGCGGCACCAAUACCCACCCGGCGCAGUGCGCGUCUUCGGGGCUUGGCGGCUGGUAACGCCGACACUGCACCCACCCGAACCCUGGCCGAGGAGCAAGCAGACGCGUUGCGCCACCUGGAGCCACCCUCGGGUGAUCUCAGCGCUCUGGCAGGACCACUGGACGAGGAGGCCAUUGUGGAGCGCGUUGCCAAAGCGCAUGCCGCCACCAUCCAAGCCGUUCAAUCGGCACAGCAAGAUCCUGACCACGCAUCACCUUCCACCAGUCCGCAGCCAGAGAGCACUCAGUCGGACCAUGCCCCAUCGGACAGCGCUGGUGUAGAAGAGGCCAACUCAGAUGAGGUGCAGCUGCGCCGCGAGAUGCUUCGACUACUGCGCACCUCAUCAGUUCUGGAUGGGGCCAAGGAAGCCUGCACCUCCCAAGGCACGUCGUCUGCAGCAAAUGAUGUGGCCGCUCACUUCAAGAGGUUGCAGCUGCGGGGUGAACGCAGCGUUGCGAAGGUCGUGCCAGAGCGCAUCUUCAGCAUGGCGGUUCACCCCAGCACGGAGCACACGCUCGUCUUUGCAGGCGACAAACGUGGGUUCGUGGGUCUCUACAAUCUGGACGAGCCAGAUGACGACCGCUGCGUCGUGUCAUGGCGACCCCACACACGGCCCGUAUCAUGCUUGGCUAUUGAUCCCAGCAAUGCCCACCAGAUGCUGACUUCCUCCUACGAGGGCGUGGCACGGAUAUUCGACGUGUCAGCCGAAUCCUUUCUUGAGGCCGCCGUCUUUGAAGAGACCAUGCUGGCGUACAGCGACAUGAAUUGGGCCAACAAGCGUUUGCUCGGCUGCCAUGGCGAUGGUCGCGUGAGCGCCACAGAUGUGCGAGCAGCAGCCCGGGCCCACACCUUUUGGCCGCUUCAUGAGCGCAAGGUCUCCCACGUUGCCUUCCACCCCGAGGAGAGUCAUAUGAUGGUGACGACCUCUCUGGACCACCUCGUCUGCAUCUGGGACACGCGCGCGUUGGGUAAAGCGUCAAAGGCCCCCAAGCCCCUCUGGAAGGCUACGCAUACUCGUGCAGUCAGCAAGUACGAAGCUGGCGAGUCGCCUAGACCUGAAUCCCUCCAAAGACCAGACUUGGCUCAUCGUGCGGUCUUUAGCCCGGAUGGCCAGCACCUCGUCUCGCUGGGGCAUGACGACCGCAUUAAAAUCUUUGACGCGUCAGCUGCGCUGCGCGGUGAGGCGAAUCAAAGCCCCAGGCAUAACGUACGCCAUAACAAUCAGACGGGUCGCUGGCUGACCAAUUUCAAAGCUUACUUUGAUCCGAAAUGCAGUGCCGGCGUCAUUUCGGGCGCCAUGUUGCGGCCUCGAGCCGUGCACGUCAUUGAUGUUCACAGCAGCAACCUCUUGUCUCUCACCAACGAAGACCACAUGACCUCGGUGACGUCACUGCAUGCUUGCCAUCCGACACGUCACAUCUUGGCCGGUGGCAAUAGCUCGGGACGAGUGAUGGUUUGGCGCGCCGCCGAGGACGGCUGA